CGCCGCAUCGCCGCCUCGCGCCCUCCGCCUGUGCGCUGGGGAAACCGAGGCACGGAGCGGCAGCGUGGGGCCAGGUGGGACCGUGGGGCCGGAGCAGAGGCGCCCGCCCGCCCCCGGCCCCCAGCUCGUCCGGCCGUACCGGCAGAACCUCCCGGCAGCCCGGGCUCACCGUCGCGCCGGCACGUGCCGACGCCAGGCCAUGGUCACCGGUGGCAGCGCUCGAGGGGAGCGGAGGCUGGGGUCUGCCUGCAGGCGUGGAGGGAAGCCCAUGGCACCCGGACCCCCGGACCCCCCCCGCACCAAGCCCCGGCCCCGCAGCCCCUAACGCCCCGAGGCCCCCCCCGGCCGGCCCCGGGGAGCCCGAGCAGGUCGCCCCUGCGCCGCUGAGCCAUGCGGGAUCGCCCGGCCCCCUCCUCGCCAGAGCCAUGAGCAGCUGCCGGUACAAUGGGGGGGUGGCACGGCCCCGGGGCCCCCUGAGCGCCUCCGCCCGCACCCUGCACCCGUUGGAGGGGGAGACCCAGCCGCUGCGGCCCCGCCGUCCCCCCGGCCUCGAGGUGGUGGUCUCGCGGCCAGAGCAGCCCGGGGGUCCGGACCCCGGCUUGACGGCGGCCCCGGGACAGGAUGCGGCCGAGGAACGGGGACGAGGACCCCGGAGGAACCAGAACAUCGGGUACAAGCUGGGGCACCGGCGAGCCCUCUUUGAGAAGCGGAAGCGCCUCAGCGAUUACGCCCUCAUCUUCGGGAUGUUCGGCAUCGUGGUCAUGGUCACGGAGACGGAGCUGUCCUGGGGCGUCUACACCAAGGAGUCAUCGUAUUCGUUUGCACUGAAAUGCCUUAUCAGCCUCUCGACCGUCAUCCUCCUGGGGCUCAUCGUCAUGUACCACGCCAGGGAGAUCCAGCUCUUCAUGGUGGAUAACGGCGCCGAUGACUGGCGCAUCGCCAUGACCUACGAGCGCAUCUUCUUCAUCGCCCUGGAGCUGAUCGUCUGCGCCAUCCACCCCAUCCCCGGCCAGUACCUCUUCACCUGGACGGCGCGGUUGGCCUUCACCUACGCCGCCUCGGUGGCCGACGCCGAUGUGGACAUCAUCUUGUCCAUCCCCAUGUUCCUGCGGCUGUACCUGAUCGGGCGCGUCAUGCUGCUGCACAGCAAGCUCUUCACCGACGCCUCCUCCCGCAGCAUCGGUGCCCUCAACAAGAUCAACUUCAACACCCGCUUUGUCAUGAAGACCCUCAUGACCAUCUGCCCCGGCACCGUCCUCCUGGUCUUCAGCAUCUCCUCCUGGAUCAUCGCUGCCUGGACAGUCCGUGUCUGCGAGAGGUACCACGACAAGCAGGAGGUGACCAGCAACUUUUUGGGGGCGAUGUGGCUGAUCUCCAUCACCUUCCUCUCCAUCGGCUACGGGGACAUGGUGCCGCACACCUACUGCGGGAAGGGCGUGUGUCUGCUCACCGGCAUCAUGGGUGCCGGUUGCACUGCUCUGGUUGUCGCCGUCGUUGCCAGAAAGCUAGAGCUCACCAAAGCGGAGAAACACGUGCACAACUUCAUGAUGGAUACACAGCUAACGAAGCGGGUGAAAAAUGCUGCUGCCAACGUACUCAGGGAAACGUGGCUCAUCUACAAACACACCAAGCUGGUGAAGAAGAUCGACCAUGCCAAAGUUCGGAAACACCAGCGUAAGUUCCUCCAAGCCAUCCAUCAGUUGAGGAGCGUGAAGAUGGAGCAGCGGAAGCUCAACGAUCAGGCCAACACGCUGGUGGACCUGGCAAAGACUCAGAACAUCAUGUACGACAUGGUCUCGGAGCUGCAGGAGCGUAACGAGGACCUGGAGAAGCGGCUGGGCGCCCUGGAGAACAAGAUGGAGGCGCUGGGGCUGAGCCUGCUGGCGCUGCCGGGCCUGGUCAGCCAAGCCCUGGGGCAGCAGCAGCGCGAGCUCCUGGGGAGCUGGACCCCCCGUCUCUGCUCCGCCACGGCCCCUUGCACCCCCACCCGACCCCCCAGGUCCCCUUCCACCGCCCCCCCUACCUCCUCGGACAGUGGGUGAUGGGGGGGGGGUUUGGGGGGGCCAGGGUCCCUCUUAUGUCUGGCCAUCGUGUGGCUGAUUUCAGUAGCUUUGUUCUGUAAAGCCCUGUAUAAAUUUCCUGCGUUCACUGUGC